GUUUUUGGAGUGGUCUCUCCGUGCGAUCGGAGGUGACUGAAUGUUCCUACUGAAAUCGUGACCGUCUCUGGAUCAUGAUGCUGGUGACAUGCGUCUUGGCGUGCCCUUUCCCCGUGACUGCUAUCCAGAGAUCGGUGUAUGACUGACUGUGAACCACAUGACAUGAAAAACAGUAAACAACAUGCAGUGGAUGUGACCCUGGAUCCUGAUACAGCACAUCCCAAGCUCAUUCUAUCUGCUGAUGGGAAACAAGUGAAGCAUGGAGACACACGGCAGAAUCUCCCAGACACUCCAAAGAGGUUUAAUUAUAUUGGCAGUGUGUUGGGAGGAGAGGGGUUCUCCUCUGGAAAAUUCUACUACGAGGUUCAGGUUAAGGGGAAGACUGGCUGGGCUAUAGGAGUGGCCAGGGAGUCCAUCAACAGGAAGGGAUCGAUAAAAGCAAGUCCUGAUAAUGGAUACUGGACAAUACGGCUGAGAAAUGGGACUUAUGAGGCUCUAGCUAGGCCUUUUGUUCCCCUCUCCCUGAUUGGGAUACUCCAAAGGGUGGGGGUGUUUGUGGACUAUGAUGCAGGUCUGGUCUCCUUCUAUGAUGCAGAUUGUUGGGAUCAUAUCUACUCUUUUAACAAUGUCUCCUUUACUGGAAAAAUCUAUCCGUAUUUCAGCCCCGUUAUGAAUGAGGGAGGUAAAAAUUCAGUCCCUCUCAUAAUCUCCCCAGUCCAUGUCUGCCCUAUCAAGUAAA